AUGUCCUCGGCCACUGAGAUCACGAACAACGUUUGGCUUGGCCCUACACCUGACGCUUCGUUGACAAUACCGUCGGAUCCAGAUGCAGCACUACCUUCCGCAGCACAAGACUAUGAUUUAUUCGUAGAAGCAACUGACCCAGCUCAACUACCGGACAAGCAAGCGUUCCAUCUGAUGGAGAGCCUCCUGUCGAACCCGAAAGUAUCCAACAAUGCGAUUCCUCAGCUCGAGUUCCCAGGUUCUGGCUCGAUAAUGCCUCCGACUUGGUCUCAGGCCGAGGUCGAUGCUUUGAUGGACACAGUAGCAUGGUUAUACAGGCAGGCAAACCCGGAUCACGAAGAGCCGAUUCACCGCAAGGACAGUCAGCAGAUGACCCCACCCAAAUACCGAGAUGUUGAUGGUGACAUUGGCAUGAUGGAUCUCGAUCUUGGUGCUGGGCGUGAAGGCAGAAAAGUCCUCAUCCACUGCACAGACGGAUACACUGAAUCGUCCUUGUUGGCACUAGCCUACUAUAUGUACGCCAACUGUGCGACAGUAGACAGGGCUUACGUGGAGCUUCACACCAAGCAUCAUCGCAACCUCUUCUCAUACCCCACCGAUGUUGCCCUUCUGAGUUCGAUCCAGCCCAGAAUUUUGCAAGCAUCGCCCAACUCGACCAACUCCAUGGCAGCGCUGUGCCAGCCUACUCCCCGAUGGCUCGGCAAGAUGGACGGCUCUUUCCCUUCUAGAAUCAUGAAUUACAUGUAUCUCGGAAAUCUCGGCCACGCGAACAAUCCAGACUUGUUGCGUGAACUCAACGUUGGACAGAUCCUUAGUGUUGGUGAGACGAUUAGCUGGACCAGUGACGAGACCAAGAGAUGGAAAGACGACGCUCGCACGAAAGACAGCAUUCUCUAUGUCGAUGGCGUCCAGGAUAAUGGUGUAGAUCCGCUCACAUCGUCCUUCUCCAGGUGCUUAGAAUUUAUUAGUAAGUUAUUGGAUUCCCAUAUGCCAGUCCCGAUGCUAACAAUAUUGUCAACAGGAAAGGGAAGAGAGGCCGGUGUUGCCACUCUAGUCCACUGCAGAGUAGGUGUAUCCAGAUCUGCAACGAUUUGUAUCGCAGAGGUGAUGAAUGAGCUUGGACUCUCACUCCCUCGCGCCUACUGUUUCGUCCGGGCCCGCCGCCUGAACGUCAUCAUACAACCUCACCUGCGGUUCACGUAA